CAUGGAGAACCCAAAUCAAACCAAACUAAAACAUCGAAUCUCUCGUAUGUUCCGUUCCUCAUUCCGUUCAUGCAAAUCCGUUACCGACGUCAUUGAACGUCCGCCGGCGUCGGCGCCAUCAGCCGCUAACAAACCCCUGAUAGAGCUCUUCUCUCCAAAGAUCAAACCUUGUCGCCGGAAAAAAUGGUCGAAAGUUGUAGAAACCGUUGAUCAGAACUGUUCACUAGCGAAAGAUCGAAUCUUUCUCAACAAAAAAGUCUCAAAUCGCCGACCCAUCUCGCCCAUUUCACCGCCGGAGAUCAAACAGAGAAAGAGAAGACAAAGAAAUCAGAGAAAGAAAAGACCAUCAUCGUAUAUGAACUUGGACAAAUACUAUGAGUUCUUAAGCAGCGAAGAAGAUGAUGAUCACAGGGAAGAAGAAGAAGAAGAAGAGGACGGGAAGACGACACUCUUCUCUUCAAGAUCUCUGUCAUCUGAUUCAUCAGAGUCUUUUCAGAUGAUGAGAAGGAAAGGUGAUAAUAAAGUGAAGAACAGUUUGGUGGUGGUGAAGAAAUCGAAAGAUCCGUAUAAUGAUUUCAGAAACUCGAUGGUGGAGAUGAUAGUAGAGAAACAGAUAUUUGCUGGUAGGGAUUUGGAGAAUCUUCUGCAGACAUUUCUGUCUCUAAAUUCGAGUCAUCAUCAUAAAGUUAUCAUUGAGGUUUACACCGAGAUCUGGGAAACUCUGUUUUCCAACUGUUCUUGAUUAAUGGAGGAGAGAUUUUCUUAAUUUGAUUGUGGGU